AUGUACAAGGACAAACCUUACUUCGCACCACGACGCACCGGUCCGAGAGCCAGGCGGCGGAAGAUCAUAUAUAGUGGGCUAUGUCUGUUCGUCCUGCUCGCUCUGUGGUACUACUCUGGCUCUGGUAAGCCGGAAUGGAAGACACCGGACGCGGAGAAGGGCGCCGAGCUCUGGAAGUGGGUGCAAAGUUUUGAGGAGUCGGAACCACCAUACGAUGGCAGCGCAGCGACAGAGAAGAUUGACUGGGAAGCAAGGAGGGAGAAAGUGCGCGACGUCUUCAUUGUCAGUUGGGAUGGUUAUGCGGCUAAUGCGUGGGGUUACGAUGAAUACCACCCAAUUGCCAAAAACGGUCGGCACAUGAUUGAAGGAGGAAUGGGGUGGAUAAUUGUUGAUGCGCUGGACACUUUGAUGAUUAUGAACCUGACGUCGCGAGUGCAACAUGCCCGCAGCUGGAUCCACAACUCGUUGCAAUACAACCAGGACCACGAUGUGAAUACCUUCGAGACUACCAUUCGCAUGCUGGGAGGCUUACUCUCCGCACACUAUCUCUCCACGAACUAUCCCGAGCUAGCUCCGCUUACGGAUGACGAUACAGGCGCGCCGGGAGAAGACUUGUAUAUCGAGAAGGCCACCGAUCUGGCAGAUCGUCUAUUGGGUGCUUUUGAAUCCGGCACUGGAAUCCCGUAUGCAAGCAUCAAUUUGAACAAAUCCGAGGGCCUUCCCUCGUACGCGGAUAAUGGCGCCUCAUCUACUGCCGAAGCCACUACUCUCCAGCUGGAGUUCAAGUACUUGGCCAAACUGACGGGCGAGGCCGAGUACUGGCAGGCUGUGGAGAAGGUUAUGGAGGUCGUGGACGACCAGAAGAUGGAAGACGGAUUGCUUCCGAUCUACGUAUAUCCAGAGACCGGCGAAUUUAAAGGCGAUAACAUCCGUCUCGGCAGUAGAGGCGAUUCAUACUAUGAAUACCUCAUCAAGCAGUACCUUCAAACGCAAGAGACUGAACCGAUCUACAAGGACAUGUGGGAUGAGUCCCUCGUCGGCGUGCGCAAGCACCUGAUCACCUAUACACAGAACGCCAAGUUGACCGUUCUGGGCGAACGCCCUGCCGGGCUGCAUGGAGUCCUUUCCCCCAAGAUGGACCACCUAGUCUGCUUCUACCCCGGCACCAUCGCUCUCGCAGCAACUGGCGGACGUCCUCUGUCCGAGGCAAGACAGUCACCCGAUUGGGGCCAACGCCAGGAGGAAGAGAUUCUUCUAGCCCGAGAACUAACCAAGACCUGCUGGGCAACGUAUCUAAUCACGAAGACCGGCCUCGCACCAGAGAUCACCUACUUCAAUGUCGACGACCCUCGCGUCAUGGAAACAGACAUCGACUACUCCACCAAAUGGCGCGACGACCUCAACAUCCACAAACAAGACCGCCACAACCUCCAACGCCCAGAGACCGUCGAAUCCCUCUUCUACAUGUAUCGCAUCACCGGAGACGACAUCUACCGACACUGGGGCUGGGAGAUGUUCAAGUCUUUUGUCAAGCAUACUGCCGUGAAAAUCACGGGCUUCACCUCGCUCUCAAACGCUGAUGACAACCCUCCAGUGAAGCGCGACAACAUGGAGAGUUUCUGGAUGGCCGAGACGCUUAAAUACUUCUACUUGCUAUUCUCGGACCGCGACUUUAUCUCUCUCGAAGACCAUGUAUUCAAUACGGAGGCGCAUCCUCUCCCGCGGUUCAAGCCAACGGGCGAGUUGAAGACCGGGUGGAUGAGGAAGAGUCGGACGAUACCAACAUCCAGUGAGGUGGAGGAGUCGGUAUAA